AUGUCUUCUCCCCACCCCGGCGCCCAAAUCAACGGGGCACCGCCCAUGAAUGGUCUGGAGGCCAUGGAUUUCGAAAUCCAAAACCUGCAGAACAAGGUGGACCGGCUGCGGCGCCAGCGACAGAUGAUCGAGCUCCAAGAGAAAAUAGCUCUCGAAGAGAAAUUGCUAAACGCCGCGCGCCAUCGUCUUGAGCUCGCCACGGGUGCCAAUGGAUCUCAAUCUCCAGCUCCAGCUCCAGAUCCAGCUCCAGCUCCUGCAAGUCAAGAUACAAACACGUACCAUCAUGCCCCCGCACCCGCACCAACAGCUGCUGCAAUAACCGCAGCGACUCCUCGCCAGGCUCGGCCUGAUAGGUCCGAGCUGGAGCGCAGGAUCGCGCAGAUGAGGUCUCAAGCUUCAGGGAGCCCUGCUCAACAGCCCAAGUCAACCACGACUUUCGCUCCGUGGUUGGGGCCUUCGCGCAGUGGCCAGCCGGCACAGCAGUCGUCCAAUCCAGUCGCGGCAAGCACAAACGCUGCUCCAAUUGCUCCGGCCCAGCAACCUCCUUCUCAAGUGUCUCAAUCUUCGCAAGAUCUGCAAGCUGCACAAAACCAAGCAGACGGUGUUGAUGCGGCGCCAAAGCCGCGAGUCGUGCACACUGCGCGCCGUACCCGAGACAGCCAAUUUUCCACUGCAGCUGCUCUGGCCAAGAAGGUCCCUGUUGGAGUGGCACAGGGUACAACAGACCCCGAACCAUCGCAAAACACCCAGGUUAUCUCUCACGCCCCGAAGCCGCCUUCUCAACCUGCGCAGAGUCAAGCUGUCACUCGUGAUGGACUAUCAGAUCGUCAGGGUGGCAACCCGCAUCUGGCUUCUCAAGCUGCGCCGAAUAGAGAAGAGAGACGCGAACCACCGUCAGCACCGCUGUCAACCCGCCAAGCGGCCUCCCCACCCGAGAGAUCUUAUCAAUCUACUUCAUAUCCAGAGAAUGACGACCGACGAAGACCCCCACGCGAUUUCUCGCGCCAUCUCUCGCGCCCUACCUCGCCGCGCAGAGCACGGUCUCCUGGAUAUUCCCGCUCCCGGGCACCUUCUCGACCUGCAUCGAGGUAUGAUGACAGACGAUAUGACCGCCGAGAAUGCUCCCCUGGUCCGCGAGACCGACGGCCGUCGUUCCAUAGCCGAAGGGAUUGGUCGUUAUCACCACCACCAUCGAAACGUCAGGCUUCAGACUCCUGGCGUCCCGCUUGGGACCGUAGCCCGCAGGCUCCAGUAAAUUCCUUCUCUUCAGGACCACCAGUGGGCGAUAAUCAACAGCGGCCCCCUGAGCGAGAGAAAUUGGUUUUCAAGAUCCAGACAGCCAGGCCUACACGAACUCAGUCUCAAUCAACCAAUCGCGAUGCCACGAACUGUCCUGCAACCGCGCAGCGUGAACCUCCAACGGGUCCUCGAAAUCUCUCAAAUGGUCGUGCAUCUUCUCCACCUCCAAUGGCCAGAAGCGACGGCACAACCACACAGCAUGCACGCCCGAAUGGUUCUCAAAAGCCGCAACAGCCGCCUGCAAGUAGCGCAAACGCUGCUCCAAGUGCUGCUCCAAGAGCCCCUCGCAAUCAGCAGCAACCGCCAUCGGCUCCUUCAGGUGCUCCACCAUCGCUGCAAAUCCCGAUGUAUGAAACUACACGCUUUGGAUUCAUGAAAGACUUUAUCAACAACCUCGAAGCCCACUUUUCCGCCCAUCCCGACUACUACAACACGGAGUCGCGAAAAAUCACCGCCGGACUGCGGCAUAUCGAGCCGAAAAUGCACCCGGCCUGGCAAAAGCACCUGACGCAGUUCCAUGUCGCAAACCCGACGUGGUUCGACUUCCGGACGUUUCUCGCUUAUCAGACACGCCAGGGAGAGAAUGUCGAGCAUGCCACGCGGGAAUACAUGAGGGCCGCCCAGCGCGACGAGCAACCCGUCUCGGAGUUUGCUCUCUGGAUGCAGGGUCUGGAGUCGUAUGUGCCACGACUCGCAAAUGAGAAGGAACGCAUGAAGGGUAUCUAUGACCGCAUCUUACCUGUUGUUCGAAAGAAGCUUCAGAAGAACUUCAACCAAUUCGAGGAUUACCACGAGUUUAUCGCCUACAUGCAGGAAGUGGAGAAUUCGAUGCCUGAGCGGGCCACACAGAUUGCUUCGCGCAAGGCGCAGGGCAGAAAGCGCGGGCGCGAUAGUCGAUGA